CGGUGUGAGCAGCCGGCAGGAUUGAAGUGCAGACCUGAGUUGUCUUCUUUACUUUACGUUUUGUAAUUGACUUUUUAAAACCUGCUAACACAAUGACCUUCGAUGUGAGGAGAUUUGAUAUCUACAGGAAAGUACCCAAAGACUUGACACAGCCAACAUACACAGGAGCCUUCAUCUCCAUCUGCUGCUGUGUGUUCAUGCUCUUCCUCUUCCUGUCCGAGCUCACGGGAUUCAUAGCCACAGAAAUAGUGAAUGAGCUCUAUGUGGAUGACCCUGAUAAAGACAGCGGGGGGAAGAUUGAUGUGAGUUUAAACAUCAGUUUGCCAAACUUGAACUGUGAUCUGGUGGGCCUGGACAUCCAGGAUGAGAUGGGGAGACACGAGGUGGGCCACAUCGACAACUCCAUGAAAGUGCCCCUGAACAACGGCUACGGCUGCCGGUUCGAGGGGAAGUUCAGCAUCAACAAAGUUCCUGGCAACUUCCACGUGUCAACGCACAGCGCCACUGCUCAGCCCCAAAACCCAGACAUGACCCACAUCAUCCACAAACUGGCCUUUGGGGAGAAGCUACAGGUUCAGAAUGUCCAAGGUGCUUUCAAUGCACUAGGAGGGGCCAACAGGCUGGAGUCAAACCCUCUGGCAUCCCAUGACUACAUACUGAAGAUUGUUCCUACGGUAUAUGAAGAUAUGGGUGGAAAGCAGAGGUUUUCUUACCAGUACACAGUAGCCAAUAAGGAGUACGUGGCUUACAGCCACACGGGCCGCAUCAUUCCUGCCAUUUGGUUUCGUUAUGACCUGAGCCCCAUCACCGUCAAGUACACAGAGAGGAGGCAGCCUCUGUACCGCUUCAUCACCACGAUCUGCGCUAUCAUCGGUGGAACGUUCACGGUGGCCGGCAUCAUCGACUCCUGCAUAUUUACUGCCUCCGAGGCCUGGAAGAAGAUUCAGCUGGGGAAAAUGUCAUGAGCAUCCUGCACUGGGGCGCCCUUGAGCUCAACAUCCGGGCCCUUUUUUUUAUUUAUACCGUCGGGACCUGUUCCCUCCUCCCCCCUCCCACCCCUGCACCUAGGAUAACCUUCCUUAUAUUACCCUCUGGGGGAUGUGUCACUUGUCAUUGGCAUUGUAUCUCCUCAACAAAAUGUGUUACUGUUUGUACUCAGAAUUGUUCACCCCACAAUGCUGCAGACAACAAACCCCACGUCUGUACAUUUUUUUUUUUGCAGCUGUCCAGAGAAAGUAAAUUGCCAAAGUAAAAGCCGCCUAACUUGUGAUCAAUUUGACAUAGCGAAUGGAAGUGCACUACAUACGUCGGAAAUUGUUUUGGAGUACCAAACUCACGCCCAUGUCUCGAAACCUGUAUUUCAAGACAGUUGUUUCUGAUGAAUAUUGCAUGAGCUUUUACUCUGGAAAUAUCUCUCCAAUGUCCUCUCUCCUUCAACUCAGUACCUUCUUUUUAAAUUGAGGGCGCCUCCUAAAAUGUGGCCUUUUUUUUUUUUUUUUUUUUAAAGAAAAACAGCUUUUGAAAGAAAAGCAACCCCCUGUCAAUUUGUGAAGUCACAAGAUUGUAGAUUCGGUUUGAAUGAUUUGGAGUGAGUGGAUGAUGAGGCAUCACACAGUCCUGUAGGUGUCAGCUCUAAAAGAGCUGCAAAGCUGCUCUGAAUUUUGAAGAAACACCCCUAAAAUUGUGAGAGAACGAUUAAGUCCCUUCUGUAAAUGUAUAGAGAUGACAGUGCCACAAUGCAGGCAAAUUACAUGGGUGCCAAAUUUUUAGGGCCCGCCUGUCACCCAGCCUUAUCCAAUAAUGCCCCUGACAUGUAUAACUGACUUUUAGAGAAACCUUGAAAUGCUAGUUUUUAGCAUGACAAACUGACACGAUCAGUUAGGGCCAGGAUAAGUGUGGCAGCUCUUUAGUGUUACGACAUUGUUGUUAAAGAUCCAGCAUUAUCCUUGCUGAAGUUCCGUACCUCUCUCUGCCUCGGCACUGUCGUACAGUGCGGCCAAUAGGAAGAAUGAAUGGAAUCAAUGCUUCGUCCAUGCUUGUAGAUAGUAAGUGUGUAUUUUACUUGUCGUGUCGCAAACUGAAGGUUUAAACGUGAUCUUGCCUCAUAAAACAGCAUAGACUAGGACUUGUGCUAUAUUGUCUGUGAGAGCCCUUGGUUUUGGUGUCAUUGACCUGGCCUGUUUAUACCUGUGGGUCAAGAUCCCAGCUGGUCCAUGUUUUCUCUAGACAAUCACAGCGAGCUGCACUUUCAUCUCUGCCAAAUCUUAACUUUUGUAUUUCUAAUACCAGGGUGGGUCCAUUAAAAACUAUAGAGCCUCAGGAUGAGUGCUUGGUUGGACAUACUAUACAUUUAUUCUGUCUCGUACAAGGUUUUAGCUGCAUGUACGCUAAUGUUACAUCCAACUAAACACUACAUUUUUUUUUGUUUCUGUUUUUUUAAGAAAGUUCUGGACUACUUUCAUACGGUUCAUAACAAAUAUAUUUCACGGUCCGGUUGUACGUACAUGGGAAAUUAUAAUUGUGAGGUUUCAUUCCCUGAUGAUCAGAUCUGAUUUUUUAAAGAGCAGCCCUUCGAGCCCUUUAAGUAUACAUUUGCACAUUCAGUUUACUUUGACAUUGGAGGCAGGCUGGGGUUUGUGUGUGUUGGAAGUAGAUGAAAGUUAGAAUUGCUUGGAUGUAAGCGUGCGUCUGUUGUCCGUUAGUCACAGAACCCACACUAUGUGCCACACAUUCCGAUUUCCGCUCUAAUGUUUUCUGAGGUACUCUUGAUUCCGUGAGUGCACAAUGAAUUUUCAAAGCUUAACCUUGUUGCUGUACCCUAGACCUAUCAUCCUUGUGAAAUCCAUAGACUGUUGCAGAAAGACAAUUUUGACCAAUCUGAAUAUACCAUUUUCACAGAAUGUGUUUAACCUAGAUUUUGAGCCCUUGGUUCAAUAUAUUUCCAUAUUGACAGGGUUUUCAUUUAAAGUUAGGAGUUAAGAUUGAGAUUAAGUUUGAUUUAAGUCACUCUAAGACUCGCGUGGAAGAAAGUGUGCUGCCGGUGUAACAGUGUCCAAGGUUCAAGCAGCUGAACACCACUGCCAAAAAUGUCGCUGUACAAACCUGAUUCCCU